AGCCCGGCCAGCACAGCGAGCCAGCCAGCCAACGAUGAAAUAUCCUGGAAGACUCGUGCUGAAUGUACAAUCCAAGAUACACAUUGCAGUGUUGUAUGGCUGAGGGUCUCAAAGAAUAUCGUGAACAGUGUCACUUUCCUCCUACCACACAAUGUCCUGAUCAGUCUUGAGAGCAACACUGAUCACCUGUGCUACCCCUGACCACAAAUUCGCAGGUGGACCUGCCAGAAUCACUAGUCUCUUCCCCUGCUUGUUGCAGUCCUUGGAUUGUUUUCUAACAAUGAGGGUUCGGACUGCAAAAAUGACCCACAGUUCUACCAGGUGACUUGGAAACUAACUUUUCAGGGUGAAAGUCAUCCUGCAAUAUUUUAUUUCUUCUAUCACACCCCAUUGCUACGUCCCUCUCUGAGGCGAGGACAAGCAUUUCCUUCUCAGGCAGUCCCUGCUACUGGUCUCCUGCUGGUGCUCAACAGUGAGGCAGUAUGAAUCCGAUUUGAGUACUCCCCUCUGCAGCUUCCUUGUGAGAAAGUGCUCAAGUCUCAGCCCUGACAAUUGCUGAGGUGGUAGAGGUUACGUCUUUGGGAGGUGCUGUCGAAGAAAACAUGGCUCGACAGAGGAUGUUACAAGUUUAUUUCAACUAGUGCGCACUUUGUGGGUCAGCUGAUGUUCACAAGGAGAAGAAUCACGUGAUGUAUGAAGGCAAACACAUACACUUCUCAGAGGUCGAUAACAAGCCACUGUGCUCCUACAGCCCCAAGCUCUGCAAACAGCGCCGGCUCAACGGCUACGCAUUCUGCAUCCGCCACGUUCUGGAGGACAAAACUGCCCCUUUCAAGCAAUGUGAAUUUGUGGCCAAGUACAACAGCCAGCGGUGCACGAACCCUAUCCCGAAAUCUGAAGACCGAAGAUACUGCAACAGUCACCUGCAAGUACUUGGUUUGGUGCCCAAAAAGGAGCGGAAGAAAAAGAAUGAGCAGCUAGAGGAGGUGCGCCCCAGACUGCACCCUGAUGCUACCAUGGCAGUCAGCCUGGCAGUGCCCUCGCUGGCCUUGAAGGCGGCAAAUGGUCUGAACGGGCCGACACGAUCCCCGCAGAGGCCACGGCUGACUCUCCAAUACCUGGAGCAUGAGCUCGAUGACCCAUUCGCUUUCCCUGACGACGAUGACUGCGUUCUGAGGAAAGGGACUGUCAAACGGAAGCUUCAGACCAAACUGGCUCAGAACCGACAGCAGCAGCGACUGCUGCGAGAGCCCGAGACUUUCAGACUGCAACCAGAGCACUUUAUCCCCCAUCUCGCACCAUCACGGCCGCUGUACCCUGGCACUCCCCCUCUCUCUAGUCCCCCCCGACCCGCCGGACUGUCGCAGGGUCUGCUAUGCAAACCCCCUCCGCCUCUGCCCCCGACUCCCAGUCUGCCGCAAGUGGUGGCCCACAGUAUCGUUACGACAACGCCAGCCUCGCACUCGCCAAAUGGAAAGCCUCACCGGUCUGCCUCGCCGCCGCAGCACACGCCGCCGCCGCCUCCACCACAGCCGGCUGCGGCCCUACCCUCGCCUGCCGUCACGGCAACGGACACUUCUCGGCCUGACGUGGUUGUCCUCAAGGCUUCAAGGUCCACACCUGUCUGCAAGCAGCGCUCGGCCUGUGUAAACAGGCUGCAGAGACUAGCAAAACUCUGCGCUGAGAAACAACUGUUGCACCGGGAUCUCUUCCCACAUUUAGGGCUAGACUGGUCUGAGGACAGCGAGGAAGAGGAGGAAGAUGAACGUGUGCCUCCUUGCCAGUAUGCAUGGACGUUGCGGGACAAGUGGUCAGCUACUCGGCCCGACCCCGAAGAUGAGGCGACGAGCACGAGAAGCUUGAGAGUGACACGGCUCUGCACUUACCUGCAGCACAGAUACAUGCAGCUGUGUCGCGUGGAGAGAGCUGCGGCGCGCCAGCAGAGGUGUCGGCACGCCUUCCGGAGAGCGCUACUGCAAGCAGCCAGCAAGGAACCCGACUCCGCCGGGCAGAUUCUCCGGGAACUCAGAGCAGCGCCCCCCACACAGACCAGCAUGAAGCAGCCAGACCACAGAGUAGUGGAACCAGCACUAUGUACAGGAACCAUCAAGGGCCAGCACUGCCCCAACAUGUCUCUUCCAUACACCAGGCACUGUUUUCAACAUAUCCUGUUGAGUCGCUCGCAGCAGCUGUUCUCGAGCUGCACGGCCAAGUUCGCAGAUGGGCAACAGUGUUCCAUUCCAGUGUUUGACAUCACGCACCAGACGCCACUCUGCGAAGAACAUGCAAAGAAAAUGGAUAACUUCUUGCGAGGGGACAGCAAUCGGAAGGUCCAGCAACAGAGGAAACCCAGGAAGAAAACCAAGCCUCCAGCACUUACCAAAAAACACAAGAAGAAGCGGCGGAGAGGCCCGCGGAGGCCUCAGAAGCCCAUUCCUCCAGCAGUGCCCCAGGGCAACCUUUCGAUGCCUGCCAGUCUUGGAGUGUCAGUGUCAGCCUCUCAUGUACGGAAUUCCUCGACUCCAGAACUCAGUGCUGAUGAAAUUCCUGAUGACAUCACCAAUGAGAUCACUGAUAUGCCAAAUGACUUGGAACUAAAUCAGGAAGAGUUGGCAGAAGUUCUUCAACGAUUGCCUGAUGACCUGCAGGACUUUGACCUCUUUGAAGGUAAAAAUGGUGAAUUGUUACCAACUACGGAGGAAGCAGAGGAGCUGGAGCGUGCACUGGAGGCAGUGACAUCGUAUGCUGCCUCACUGGAGUGUCUGAGUUCUAUUGGUGAGCUGGGGCACACAGAUGGAGAUGGUGACCAGGAGCUGUCGGGCAGAGGAAUGGGUGUGUUUGUCGCUGCUGCCGCCGCUGCAGGGAUGCCAGCCCUAAGCAGGGCAGUCAACAACGAACUGGGAGACCUCCUGAACGGCCGCAUCUCCACAGAGAACUUCUCCAGCCUGGAGCUGGACGAGAACCUCCUCCAUCACCCAUCUGCACUGUCCAGCCCGGCUGGUUCCCUGGGGAGUCAGGCUCAGGGCACCUACCCUUCCCCUUCGGACGUGGGCCUUUCCUCUGUUGCCUUGGUCAAUCAGAGCGGGCUCGCAGAGCGGGCCCACCAGUCCCAUUUCCAUAACCUCCGGGGUGACGCCAGCCACACCUCGCCCAGGAGCCACCUGCUGGGCAAAGCCGAGGACCUGAUCUCCCCUCGGCCGCACUACGGCAGCGAGCACUCCCGCUCAUCCCCGUACAGCAGCGAGCAUGUGCCGUCGCCCUAUAGCGACAACGUAACUCCUCCGCCCCGUCCCCCACCCUACCCUGGGGAUAGCCUCACCACCCCCUACCCCCCUGAUGUGACGCUGCUCCCUGCCCACGUCCUGCCCGCCCAGCUGGUCAACUCCCGGCCCCAGUGGGGCACCAUCAGCCUGAGUGACCCGACCUCCUUCAGUGGCCUGAUCUCAUCUGGGGCCGAGGGCCACCUGCUCUCCACCUCCCUCUCCACCCCUCUGUCCACACCUCACUCGCCCUCCACACACACGGCCUUCUCCAGCGCCACGCCCAGCAGCACAGUCCUCCUCCCAGGCCUGACCCAGGCAGGCUUCAGUGACGGCGUUGCCACCAUGGGACCCUCAUCGCCCCCCGACCUACCGACAUCCAAUCCCACUAAGCAGCAGCUCCCCCAGUUCAGUGCUGCCUUCGGCCCACAGCUCACCUCCCACAGCGGCAUCCCCAAGGACGUUCAGCCAACCCACAGCUCAAUCGCGCCCCCGACGGGCUUCUCAGUAACCGCAGCCGCCGCGAGCACGAACAAUGUCACGGCUCCGUUUAGCACUCCACAGUGAGCCUUCUCGGGAAUGCUGUAUGAAGAGGCCACCUGUUUCUUGGCUUGCAAGCAAGGGUUGAGAUGUUCCCCUGAUUUUUCUAUGGUGUCUUGGAGCUUUAAGGGUACCGUCUAGUUUUUUUUAAAACCUACCUGCGUAAGGGUGGAGGGAAAAAACAGCUCGGUAAGCUGGUUUUGGGAGAAAGUAACUUGUGACUGGGUAGAGAUGCCAGUGGUUCCUGCCCCUGUAUUUCUGCUGAUUAUGGUUAAUGAGGAAUUUUGCUCAUUUACUUUCAAGUUCCCCUAUCCUCAACAUGCUCAUUCGCCUCCCAUCCCCAAAAGGUAGAAAACCAAUCUACCUUUCGUAAUGGUUCUGUUAUGAUUUUCUUUUGAAUGACAGAUCCAAGUCACUUUGUGCCCCCAAUAACUUGGUUUGGUAGGCUUUUUCCCUGUCAAACCUUCUCACUCCCAC